GUACGGGACAGCCCUACCGGAUCACCCUCUGGCUCCAGAUGCCCGAGUCUCCCAUCAACCAGAAUCUGGGAAUGUUCAUGGUGCAGAUGUCAUGCUACACCAAGGCCGGGGCAGAGAUCUCCACCGUCUCCAAAUCGGCGAUGCUUCGCUACAAGUCGGGGCUGCUGCAGCUGUUGGACACGCUGCUGUACUCGCCACUCUUCAUCACGGGGCUGGUGGAGCAGGCACAGAUCGUGGAGGUGGAGUUCUACUCCGACUACAAGGAGGACUCGUACACUCCGACCAUCGGGGCCGUGGUUGAGAUCCAGAGCAGGCACAUCGAGAUCUACAAAGCCCAGCUGCAGAUCCGUGCCUACUUCACCGGUAUCAGGUACCUCCUGUACAGCUUCCCAGUGAUGUCGGCCAUCAUUGGCGUGUCCACCAACUUCACCUUCCUGUGUGUGCUGGUGCUGGCCAGCUACCUGCACGUGAUGUGGGGGAGCCUCUGGCAGCCGGCCAGGGCACGCUUUCAGUCCGAGGACCAACCGCUGAGGGCCACCCUCUCCUCCCAGUUUUCGAUGGGCCGCUCCCAGUCCCUGUCGGUGCAGUCGUUCCGGACCAGCAGCCCCGGCUCCCAGAGCCCCGUGUCCAUGGGCUCCCAGCACAGGACCAGCGUCCCCCAGCAAACGUCCACACCGCGGUUCUCCCUGCACGAUGAGCACCAACAUAGCCCGGCAGCCUCGGCCUUCCCUUUCUCCUCCGCUAUGAAUGUAGCACGCAGUCCCACGGCUUCCGAACAUUCUACAAGAGACGGUGUGCCGAUGAACGUCUCUGCAGCUAAUCAGAGCGGCUCAAGAACGUCUCAACCUUCGUUACACGACUCCACCGUGGACAGGUCUAGAGACAGCAUACGCAGUGGCAGGAUAUCUCAACACAGCUCAAAUGGGUUGCCGCCGGAGACGGUCGGAGUGCACGAGCUGCCUCCAGCAGCCAACGUAGACACGGAUUCCGCACAGUUCCCGCUCGGAUCCCGGGAGAGUCUAACCGACGCGGCAGGUACGGUCCAGGGCCAGGCAUGGCCUCCUCCUGCACCCGUUUUCUAUAUUUCACUCCCCAGCCUUUGUCCACCUCUAGUUCAGGAAGGAACCUCAGAUGCUGCUUCACACCGGCCAACAUGUCCCACCUACACCAGUCCCACCUGCCCUGCGUUUGGCCCAUAUCCCUCCAAACCUGUCCUAUCCAUGCACCUGUCUAACUGUUUCUUAAACAUUAGGAUAGUCCCGGCCUCAACUACCUCCUCCGGCAGCUCGUUCCAUACACCCACCACCCUCUGUGUGGAAUAAUUACCCCUCAGAUUUCUAUUAAAUCUUUUCCCCUUCACCUUGAACCUAUGUCCUCUGGUCCUCGAUUCCCCUACUCUGGGCAAGAGACUCUGUGCAUCUACUCACCUGAUCUAUUCCUCUCAUGAUUUUGUACACCUCUAUAAGAUCGCCCCUCAUCCUCCUGCGCUCCAGGGAAUAGAGACCCAGCCCUGCCUCAACCUCAACCUCUCCCUGUAGCUCAGGCCCCUCCGUAAAUCUUGUAUUCCAGUCCCCUCGAAAUGAGUGGCAACGUUGCGUGCUUGCAUGCGCCUCGAGGGCCAGUCCCACUUGGGCGACAUUUGCGCGUCACGUAGGCGGCGAGCGAAGAUUUGGUGAGUCCCGAUGGGUGCCGCGCGCGACUGCCUAGGUCACCACGCGCGCGUAAAUGGCACCGCUCAGCCCGUUCACCUAGCGCGGUCUGCGUUUGUUUUGC